AUGAGACCUUCACAGAUGCUCCGCGGGGUCAAGCACCCAGGAGGCCUCAACUUGCACAUCGGUCCAUGGGGCAAUUCCGGAUGUCAGCCUCAGAAGGGCAUUACCCAGUACGGUCUUGCUCAGAACCGACAGAACCCUCUUGCGGGAACCGCCAACGCCGCCGUCUUCAACACCUUCCGACGCACGCGCAACCAGAUCCUUUACUGGGCUGUGCCGAUGGUUAUCGCAUACGAGAUCAUGGAGUGGGCUAUUGAAAGAAACGAGUACCUGAACUCCAAGGCAGGCCGCGCUGAGUUUGGCGACGAAGUUUAA